AUGCCUCCUGGUACUCGUACUGCUCGUCAACGUCUCGUAUCCAACGAGAACGACGAGAACAGCUCGACGCGUCUUACACGAGCCAAGGCCGCCGCUCUCAACGUGGACGAACUCGCCAUGCCAGCAAAGGGUGCUUUACAGCCGAAGAAGUCGGCUGCCAGUCUCGGCAAUGCUGGCGUUCAAAGGAAACGUGCUGCUCUCGGCGAUGUCAGCAACGUCAACAAGUCGGAAGCUGUUGAGGGAAAGAAGGCCGGUGGCAAGGUUGGACUCAUCUCCAAGGCUUCCCAUCCUGGUGGUAUCCAGAAGAGCACUACCCGAACCACCACUGCCCGCAGUGCUCUCAGCGCCAAGGAAUUGAACAAGGCCGAACCCAGACGUGGUGGCUCUGGUACCAUUGGCGCUGGCCCGAAGAGAAAAGUCGCGUCCGCCGCCGGCAAGGAGGCAGAUGACGUCGCUGUCGAAGAAUCUCAGCCUGUACGGAAGAAGGUGCAUACGCAAAAGUUGGGGGCGCAGAUGCGCGACGAAAAUCGCGUCCCCGUGUCCGACUUGAAAGACAUCAAGCACGAUGACGAAGAAGACGUCAGAGUACCACCGCCAGAUGGUGUCGACCUGAUCGAAGAGGAUGACUGGGAUGACCCUCUCAUGGUUGCUGAAUAUGCCACGGAGAUUUUUGAGUAUCUGAGAGACCUUGAAUGCCGCUCGGUUCCCAACCCUCAGUACAUGGAACACCAGGACGACCUCGAGUGGAAAACGCGUGGUAUUCUCAUUGACUGGCUCAUCGAGGUUCACACAAGAUUCCAUCUGUUACCGGAGACCCUCUUCCUCGCUGUCAACAUCAUUGACCGCUUCCUCUCCGAAAAGGUUGUUCAGCUCGACCGUCUCCAGCUUGUUGGCAUCACCGCCAUGUUCAUUGCGUCCAAGUACGAGGAGGUUCUGUCACCUCAUGUGGAGAACUUUAAGCGCAUUACCGACAAUGGCUUCAGUGAAGCCGAGAUUCUGUCCGCAGAGCGGUUCCUCCUUAGCACGCUCAACUAUGACCUGAGCUAUCCCAACCCCAUGAACUUCCUCCGCCGCGUGUCGAAGGCGGACAACUAUGACAUCCAGUCUCGCACUAUUGGCAAAUAUCUCAUGGAGAUUAGCCUCCUCGACUACCGAUUCUUGCCUUACCGGUCAAGCCACUGCGCUGCGGCCGCCAUGUACUUGGCACGCAUGAUGCUGGACCGUGGUCCAUGGGACGAGAUUCUGGCUUACUAUGCCGGAUACAACAAGCAAGAGGUUCAGCCUGUCGUCGACUUGAUGAUUGACUAUCUUGCUCGCCCCGUUGUACACGAGGCAUUCUUCAAGAAAUAUGCCAGCAAAAAGUUCCUCAAGGCCUCUAUUCUUGCUCGACAGUGGGCCAAGAAGAAUGCCGCUUUGUUUGGCAUCACAGAGACUGAGCUGUCGUUGGACGACAUUUCACCAGCAUGA